AUGUCCCAUCUCCAAUCCUCCCAGCUCUUCUCUGUCCAGGGCCUGGUCGUCGUCCUCACGGGGGGAGGAAGCGGCCUGGGCCGGAUCAUGGCCUCCGCUCUGGCCACCAACGGCGCAUCCAAGAUCUUCAUCCUGGGCCGCCGUGAGGAAGCUCUGCAGGAGACUGCCGCGUUGAAGCCCGGCACGAUCAUCCCCGUCCGCGCCGACGUCUCCUCCAAGGACUCGCUCGAGGCCGCCUACAAGGCCAUCGCCGCGCAGACCGACCAUGUCGAUCUCCUGAUCGCGAAUAGCGGCAUCCUCGGCCCAUCGGGGAAGAAGCCCACGAACGCCGAUGGAUCUCCGGCGACAUUGUCGCAGAUCCGCGACCAUCUCUGGUCUGUCCCGAUGGAGGAGUUCAACAAGACGCUCGAUGUCAACGUGACGGGCGCCUUCUAUACCGUUCUCGCGUUCUUACCACUCCUCGAGGCCGCAAACAAGCGUCGGGCGGCCCCGCAGAAGAACGUCAUGUCCCCGCCAUUGGCGCAGGUCAUCAUCACCACUUCAAUCGCCGGGUUCAGCCGACUGGUGCCGUUCAGCAUGGCGUAUAACCUGUCCAAGGCGGCGGCCAACCAGCUGGUCAAGAUCUUGUCAACUUAUUUGGCCCCUCACGACAUCCGCGUGAACGGAAUUGCUCCGGGGUUGUAUCGCUCUGAUAUGUCCCAGAGUAACUUCCAGGAGGAUGACCAGGGUAUCUCGGAUGGGUCAUUCCCCAGGGAAAUGAUCCCUGCGACCCGGGGCGGCAGCGAGGAGGAUAUGGCCGGCCUGGUGCUCUUUAUGGCCAGUGCUUCGGGUGGAUAUUUGAAUGGGAACAUUAUGGUGACUGACGGGGGUCGGCUGACCCAGUUGCCGUGCACGUAUUAG